AUGAGCCAGGAGUUCAGAGAUGUUCCCAGUUUCCAGCCAUGGGGGCCAUUCAUCUCACCAAAUUAUCACAAUGAACCCAUUACGCUCUCCGACAUGAUAAUCGCCUCCGUGGUUUACAUUUUAACACUCGUCAACGUUGGAAUCGCGAUUUGGCUGGGCAUCGACCAAACACAUACCUCCCGAUCACCACUUAGGAGUGCAUAUGUGUGGAUGAUAUGGCUGGAACUUGUGGUCUCGACAGUCAUGGGCACGGAGUGCUAUCUGCAUAUCCACAAAAUCAUCAAACCCAGCUUCGCUUUCUAUUUCACCAUCUUGUUUUGGUGGUGUAUUCAGGUCCAGCUCCUUCUUCAGAUCAUCAUCAAUCGUAUUCGUGUUAUUGUCCCGGACCGCCGCAAAUCGAAGCAUAUCAUGAUUGCAACUGCUACCGUCGUUACCAUGAUCAACAUUAGCGUUUUCUGCAUUUGGAUUCCUGCUCGUCUUCAAGUUUCGAAAUCAUAUGAACUAGUCAACGAAAUCUGGGACCGUUGCGAAAAGGUCAUCUACCUCCUCAUCGACGCCGCUCUCAAUUGGUAUUUCUUGAAGGUCGUCAAGGCCAACCUAAUCAACAACGGUCUGCAAAAGUACGAUAGACUGUUUAAGUACAAUCAGCGUAUCAUUGUUCUUUCCUUGCUCAUGGACGUCAUGAUCAUUGCCGCUAUGUCCAUCCCUAAUUCUUUUGUGUACAUUCAAUUCCAUCCUCUCGCCUACCUUGUCAAACUCAACAUCGAAAUGACCAUGGCCAAUCUCAUCAAGCGCAUCGCCAUCUCCACAUCUCGCCGCCAAGGCAACGUUUCCAUCGCCCACGAAUUCGUCUCAGCAUCCACUUCAGACCGAUACAACACCAACCCCAGCGGUACAGGCCGCCGCCGGGCCUCCGUCAUCGAACUCAGCUCCCAGAUCUCCGCCAGCGGAAAGCGAACUUCCGACCGCAAUGACCGUGCCGUCAGCUUCACCGUCCAGGGCAACCAGAUCAAGAAGACCGAGGAGAUCCACAUCAGCAGCGAGCCCGCCGAUGGCGCCAACUUCGACGGCCUCGGCUAUGCGAAGGAGACUGCUCUCAGGGUUAGGGAGGUUCACCAGAGCAAGAGCCUCGACGACGUUACUGAGGGUGGAGAGAGCGUGAAGAGCGACGCUGAGGGUCGCGGACGGGAGAGCAGUGACGACGAGGCGGUGCUCGUCGUGCCCAAGAAGGGACAUGGUGGUUGGGGAAGACUACGGGAUUAGACGCAUAAGAGAUAGAG